GGUGCUUAACAUAGUUGGGGGAAGGAUUGCCGUGUAAUUACGACCUUUCCGCAUUCCUGGUCAACAUGGAAUCAUUACGUCAGAGUGAGAAUAAAAGGUUCGAUGUCGAGGUUUGCGAAACACGCAAAGGUUGAAAAUCAAAGAUUGCGAAGACGUUUUGAACUUGAUGAAAGCAUGACGUCAGAGUAUAGGUUAAAUGUUCGGAAAAAGAAUCACGAUUGUGACGCCAUACGACGGGAAUUAGCACAAUCAUCAUUGUUACGUCAUCAACGGUUGUCACGUGAUACUGAUCCAACUUUAAUUUUAAUGAAAGAGAGAAGUGAGGAGCGAAGGAGGAAGAAUGAGAAGUUGCUCGCUAUAGCGAAGAGGAAAGAGGAGGGAAUGGGAGCGAGAGUGAAAGAUUUUGUUGAAAGUUUUAAAAAAGUUGGCCAAGACAACACAGAAGUAGAAAACUUGGUUAAUCAUGACGACGUAACUAAUGAUGACGUCAGUACAUCCAGCGAUGACCUCACGAGACCUGUGUCACGUGCUUGGCAAGAAGCGAGAAACACGAGAUACGUUCGAACGAAGAUUCUUCGCGAGUUCGAGGUGGAACUCGGUCCAACAGAAGUUUUUAGCAACGAUUAAAUGAAAUCUUAUAAUAUAUAUAUUGUUAAACUCAUAUUGCGAUUAUUACUAGAUUUAUUUGUUUUAUCUAACUUGCAGUGGCUGAGUAGCGUAACGUAAAAAACCAUGGCGCUCCCUAUAACAGGCCCUGUUAUAGAGGGCGCCAUGUAAAAAACCUACGGUAAACACUUUUCGUACAUUACCACAUAGUGCCUUUUUUACCCUUGCUCUCUUUUACUUUCUAUAAAAUCACAGUAAUAAAAAAGAGUAAAACGCGCAA